AGGCAGGUGACAGCAGGGACAUGUCUCGGGACCUGCAGGACGUGGACCUCGCCGAGGUCAAGCCUUUGGUUGAGAAAGGCGAGACUAUUACCAGCCUCCUUCAAGAGUUCGAUGUUCAGGAGCAGGACAUCGAGACAUUACAUGGAUCCAUUCACGUCACACUGUGUGGGACCCCGAAGGGGAAUCGGCCUGUCAUCCUCACCUAUCACGACAUCGGCAUGAACCACAAAACCUGCUACAACCCCCUCUUCAACUCUGAGGACAUGCAGGAGAUCACCCAGCACUUUGCUGUCUGUCACGUGGACGCCCCUGGCCAGCAGGAUGGUGCUGCAUCCUUCCCCACAGGGUACAUGUACCCGUCCAUGGACCAGCUGGCUGAAAUGCUUCCUGGUGUCCUCCACCAGUUUGGGCUGAACAGCGUCAUCGGCAUGGGCACUGGAGCAGGCGCCUACAUCCUGACUCGAUUUGCUCUCAACAACCCCGAGAUGGUGGAGGGGCUGGUCCUCAUCAACGUGAACCCCUGUGCGGAAGGCUGGAUGGACUGGGCAGCCUCCAAGAUCUCCGGAUGGACCCAGGCUCUGCCGGACAUGGUGGUGGCCCAUCUCUUCGGGAAGGAGGAAAUGCAUAAUAACGUGGAGGUGGUCCACACCUACCGCCACCACGUGGUCAACAACAUGAACCCCACCAACCUGCAUCUGUUCAUCAACGCCUACAACAGCCGUCGGGACCUGGAGAUCGAGCGGCCCAUGGCGGGAGUCCACACCGUCACCCUACAGUGCCCUGCCCUCCUGGUGGUUGGGGACAACUCUCCUGCCGUGGACGCUGUGGUGGAAUGCAACUCUAAACUGGACCCCACAAAGACCACUCUUCUCAAGAUGGCGGACUGUGGGGGUCUCCCUCAGAUCUCCCAGCCGGCCAAGCUUGCUGAGGCCUUCAAGUACUUUGUACAGGGCAUGGGCUACAUGCCCUCUGCCAGCAUGACCCGCUUGAUGCGGUCCCGCACGGCCUCAGGGUCCAGCGUCAGCUCCCUGGAUGGUGCCCGCAGCCGCUCCCACACCAGCGAGGGUUCUCGCAGCCGCUCGCACACCAGCGAAGGUGCCCGCCUGGACAUCACUCCCAGCUCCGCCACCACCAGGAACAGUGCGGGGCCCAAGUCUAUGGAGGUGUCCUGCUAG